AUGGGGGGGUUCCGAGACGUUAUAAUUCGAGAGGGCGAGACAUUCUUGGUCCCUGGAAAAACGCCUCAUUCUCCGAGGCGAACCGCAGAUACCAUUGGUCUGGUCAUGGAAAGUGCACGUCCACCAACCAGCAUUGAUCGCAUGAGAUGGUAUUGUGAGAACAGCGAGGCACACCAAAAUGAACCAACAAUUAUUCGGGAGGUUUCAUUUCACUGCGAGAAUAUUGAAGCUCAGGUUAAAGCCAUAGUUGAUGAAUGGAUGAAUAACGAGGCAGGCCGGAAAUGUGGGAUUUGUGGAGAAAUUGCACCUUCUCACUGA